AUGUCACUAACACGACUCUAUUGGAGAUCAAGAAAGUUGGCGGGAACACGAGAGUCCUUCCCUCCACCGACCACUACAAGCUGCACUCCAUUUGCCGCACCUGUAAUUCAGCCUGCUUUCAUCAGUCCACCAAACCUGUUUCUACUUCUACCUACAGACGAGGCAGAAAGAAACAAGCAGUUCUGGCAUGAUUGCUCAGUCAUCCACCUAAAGUGUACACCAAUAAUGAAAAUGGGGAUGGACGAUGCUGAAGAAGCAACGGUUCGUGAAGACGUGAGUAAUCAAAAGAGAAGUUGGUCGCCCCGCCAUGAAGCUGCCGUCAGGACCCAUUUUGCAGAGCGGCCGGAACUGAACUAG